CCCCACUCCACCCCCGCAAACUCCCCCCCCCCCCUCUCUCUCUCUGGCCGGCGGUGGGGGCGAUGAGGGCGAUCACCGGCGCCGUGGCCUCCUCGAAGUCGUGCUCCCUGGCAAAGGCCGCCCGCGUCCUCGCCCUCUUCUCCGACUCUGACCUCCCCUCAUCCGACGCCGGGACCUACCUCCGCGCCGCCGCCGCCGCCGCCACCCACCACCAUCUCUUCCGCCGCGACCUGCGCGCCAAUCACCAGCAGGGCACCGCCACCAUCAACGCUUACGAGGGUCAGGAGGGCGAGAAGAAGCUCCAAGAUGGGGAGGUGAAUGGGGGCGUGGCGGAUCUUGCUGGUGGCUCUCACGAUUCCGCCGCGGAGGUAGCAGUUGACAACGGUGAGAAGAAGAGCAAGAAGAAGAAGAAAGAGGAGCGUCGGGAGGAUGGGGCUGUUGCAGGCUUCGCCGCGCAGGGUCCCGUGUCACCGGAAAUUGCCCGUGAGAAGAGGAAGAAAAAGAAGGAGAAGCAUUCAAAGAAGGAUCAGGAGUUGAGUGAUGUGAAGCUGGAGGCUGGUUUCGUGGCAGAAGAAUUGGGGAGCGAAAAGAAGGUUAGAAAGAAAAAUGAGAAGGAUCAUGUAAAACUGGAAGAGGACUUGGGGCAUGUGAAGGAGGAGAAGGGACAAAUUACAAAUGAUGGUGUGUCGGAACAAGGAAUCCCCAGUGGGGAAAAGAAAAGGAAGAAGAAAAGGCAUACGGAAGAGGAAGGCAACUCGAGAGAUGUGAAUAUGGAGGAUAAAAUGGUCACUGAUGGUGAUUUGGAUAGUGUGAAGAAGAGGAAAAAGAAGAGGGGGAGAGGUGCCGAUGAUGAUAAUGUUCUAGAACAAGUAGAGCAUACAAAGAAGAAGCAAAGGAAGCAAUCCUGAGAUUAGGUUUAGGAGAGAUUGGAGAUGGAUGGGGUCCUUAUGAAGAUUGGUGUGGUGACUCGGUGAGGUUAUUCGUGCUGUUGUAUUUUAGGCUUCAUGUGUUAGCGAAGUGGGGAUCUUUUGGCCACUCUGAAAGAUUCCAACAGUUUUGUUCUGUAACAUCUUAUUCAUAUGCCAUGGCCGUGCUAUUCUAGAAAUGAAAUUUGCAUGUUUGCUA